AUGCCAAAAAACUACCAGCACAUUCUUUCCAUGUAUUUUGCCGUUCGUGAGAUCAACCAGGACCUCCAGCUGUUACCCAACACCACACUAGGAUUGGAGGUUUAUGAAAACAGUUUCAGUGUCAGGCUGGCCAGUAAGCACCUCCUAGAUCUUCUCUUCUUGAAACAAAGGAAUCCCAUCAACUACAACUGUGUCAGAAGGAGGAGGAGGAACCUCUUGGCUAUCAUUGGUGGCCUCACCUCCCCAAACUCCAUCCACAUGGCCCACGUCCUGAAUUCAAGAUUCCACAGACGAGGAAACAGAGAUUUACAUGUAAAAUUUCAUGGGGAACCCUGGCAGCUGUCCUUUUUCAUGACCAAUGGGGGUGCCUUCCUGGAAGAGUUUGGCGACAUCUUCCCCAUGAAGUAUUCCAAAUUUCACUACUUUUUGAGAAACAGCCAUUUCAAUAACGGUGCAGGAGAUGAAAUCUUUUUUGAUGAGAAGGGCGACUUUGACCCUGGGUAUAACAUCUUCAACAUGGUCACAUUCCACAACAAAUCUUUCCGGAGAAUUCAGAUUGGCAGGAUGGUCUCCAAAACCCCUGAUGGGAAGAAGUUCAUCAUCAGUGAAAGUGCCAUUCUGUGGAAUCACAAGUUUCAGCAGGUACUUCCCCGUGCCCGAUGUGUGGAAAGCUGCCACCAGGGGCACAGCAAGGCUGUUCAGGAGGGAAAACAAGCCUGUUGCUACAAUUGUACCAAAUGCCCUGAAGGAAGAAUUUCAGUGGAAAUUGAUGCAGACCAAUGUGGGAGAUGCCCAGAAGACCACUAUUCCAAUGCAGAAAAAGACCAGUGCCUUCCCAAAGGUUUCAGCUAUUUAUCCUAUGGCGAACCCUUGGGAGUCGCUCUGACUUCCUUGAUUCUUUUCUUUUCAGCAACCCUCAUUUUAGUGGCAGUGAUCUUUCUUCUGCACUGGGACACCCCCAUUGUCAAAGCCAACAACAGGAACAUCACAUGUAUCCUUCUCUCCUCUCUCCUCCUUUGCUUUUUGUGCUCCCUGCUCUUUAUUGGCUGGCCUGGGGAAGUGACCUGCUUUCUCAGGCAAACUCUGUUUGGCACCAUUUUCUCCAUCUCAGUUUCCUGUGUCUUGGCCAAAACCAUCACGGUAGUUCUGGCCUUCUUGACCACCAAGCCAGGAAACUGGAUAAGGAAGUGGCUAGGGAAAAGACUGGCGGGAUCCAUCAUUGUCCUCUGCUCCUUUAUUCAAGUGGUUGUCUGUGCCGCAUGGUUGAUCACAUCUCCUCCCUUCCCAGAGUUGGACAUGCAUUCCCUGACUGAUGAGAUCAUUGUGCAAUGUAAUGAAGGCUCGGAUUCCAUGUUCUAUGUUGUCCUGGGCUAUUUGGGGCUGCUGGCCACCAUCAGUUUCACUGUGGCUUUCUUUGCAAGAAAAUUGCCAGAUACUUUCAAUGAAGCCAAGCUGAUCACCUUCAGCAUGCUUGUGUUUUGCAGCGUUUGGCUCUCCUUCAUCCCAGCCUAUCUGAGCACCAAAGGAAAACACAUGGUGGCUGUGGAGAUCUUCUCCAUCUUGGCCUCUACUGCAGGUCUCCUGGGCUGCAUCUUUCUCCCCAAGUGCUACAUCAUAUUCUUGAGACCAAAUCUAAACAUAAAAGAACAUCUGACUAGGAGGAUGGUUUAG